AUGCAAAUAGGAAAGUGCUGAUUGGUUACCACUCACAAGUCCGAGUACAAUGCUGCAGUAAAACGCUUCCAUCUGAACAGCAGCCAGUGCAGACCUGCAGCCACGAUGACGAGACUCAUUCUUCUCACAGGCGUUUGCCUUUUACUUAUUCAUUUUGGUUCAGCCUAUCAGCUCAUAUGCUACUUCACCAACUGGUCCCAGUACAGACCCGAGCCAGUGAAGUUUGUGCCUGACAAUAUCGAUCCCUUCCUCUGCACACAUCUGAUCUACGCAUUCUCCAUCAUUAACUCCGCAAACCAGCUCGCUACCUACGAUUCGAACGACGAGACUCUCUACCAGUCUUUCAAUAGUCUGAAGCAAAUCAAUCCGAACUUGAAGACACUUUUGGCAGUUGGAGGAUGGAACUUUGGCUCGUCUCAAUUCUCUAACAUGGUGUCCAACCAAGGAAACAGGCGCACUUUCAUCCAGUCCUCCAUCACCUUUCUUAGAAAGUAUGGAUUUGAUGGCCUGGACCUGGACUGGGAGUAUCCUGGAGCUCGCGGCAGUCCUUCAAAAGACAAGGCAAGAUUCACUCUGCUCUGCAAGGAGCUUCGACAGGCCUACGAGUCUGAGAGAAGUAAUUCAGGACGUCCUCGGCUUUUAAUCUCAGCUGCGGUGGCUGCCGGAAAAUCAGUUAUAGAUGCCGCAUAUGAUAUUCCUCUGAUUUCCCAGUACCUGGACUUCAUUAACGUGAUGACCUAUGACUUUCAUGGGACUUGGGAGAGCGUCACUGGCCACAACAGUCCCCUGUAUCAGUGGUCUCAGGAAACAGGAGCCCAAAUCACCCUUAAUACUAAUUAUUCGAUGACAUACUGGACGAAUCAGGGAGCUCCAGUGGAGAAGUUGAGGAUGGGGUUUGCUACAUACGGCAGAACUUUCCAGUUGUCGUCUACAGCGAGUGGCCUGGGAGCUCCAACAAGUGGCCCUGCUGCUGCUGGCACCUACACCAGGGAGGCCGGCUUCUGGUCUUAUUAUGAGGUCUGCAGCUUCCUUCAAGGAACCAGCACACAGUGGAUCCAGGAUCAAAAAGUGCCCUAUGCUACGAUAGGAGGUCAGUGGGUUGGAUUUGACAACAAGGAGAGCUUUAACACGAAGAUCACCUAUCUCAAAGAUAAUAAUUUUGGAGGGGCCUUUGUGUGGUCUCUUGAUCUGGAUGAUUUUACUGGACAGUUCUGUGGACUGGGAAGCUACCCUCUCAUUGGAGAGCUCAAGAAUCUGCUGAACAACAAUGCUGCAUAAAUGAAGGAUAAGGUGCCUUCAUCCGUUAUUGAUAUGUUACUCGUAAUAUGAAUCUCUCUGACUUUAUAUACUUAUCCGUUCCUCUUCACCUUCCUCAAAUUGACCUGGAUAAAGUUAUUAUUUUAUUAUAUCCAUGUUCGAUUUCUCUUUCUUUAACUAAAUAUUAAAUAUAUUAUUUUAAAGUGCUUAAUAACCUUACUAUCAUCAAUCUUUUCUAACCAGAAUGAAUUAUGAUAUUUAUGAUAUUUUUUCUGUUAGGGUUGAAAAGUGCUAUGUUAAUUUUAAAGAUUUUAUGUCCUUUAUUGUCAAUUAUAUCAUUCCAGAUUUAACAAUAUUCAUGAUAAGAAAUCACAGAGCUGUAAUCUACCCAGAAAGCUUCAUGAACUAUGUACACUCCUGUAAAGUCCAGUGGUGGACCGUCAGGGUCAGCAAGGCCUUCUCUGCUGGCCUAAACAGCAGUGAUCUGAAUCACUGACUUGCAUUUUAAUAUAUUUAAUAUAUUUUUCCAUGAAUGUGUAUUAAAUUAUUCCCAAUAGUCUAUUCUCUACAUUUCAUAGCUUUUCUCUUGGUUGCGCUGCUUCCAGUAGUGUAUAUUUAUGAUAAGAGUAUUUAUCCAAUCAUAUUUCAGACAGUGGAUGACAUCAUGUGUCGCCAGGGUGAAAAUCUGCCUUAAGGCCUUCAGAAUCAAUAGUGCAGGCGCCCGGAGCUUAAAAUAAGUGGCAAUGAAAUUGUUCCGUUAACCAAUCAGAUUUCGAGUUGGCGUCACUGGGGCCAUCUAGCAGGCAUACGAUUACGUCAGCAAUUUCCCGUCCUUUGAUUGGAUAUUUGGAGUAGUCAGAGGCAGCGAACCACACAAACUAAAUAAAAUAUAUAUAUUUUAACUCACAAUGGCUGACAGAGGAGAAGAAAUCGAUUUGGUGAAGGCCAGUGAAGGCCUAGGUGUGAAAUACACGGCCCACCACUGGUAAAGUCCAGUUAAUUAAUUAAUUAUAUUUUUAAAUACUUAAAUGAUCCAUGGAUUAGCUUCCCUUGAUUAGAGUCAAAUGUCAUUACAGAUAUCCAUAAAAAGCGGAGUAAACAGAGCAAUGUUUUUGGUGAUAAUUUUUGUUUUUGAUAAUGAUUACAUAAAUAUCGAUUUUUGAUGCCAUAGUUCUAAAUGAAUAAAUAAGAAAGAAAGAAAGAAAGAAAGAAAGAAAGAAAGAAAGAAAGAAAGAAAGAAAGAAAGAAAGAAAGAAAGAAAGAAAGACCCUGUCGGAACCCAGAGCCUCCCUCCAGGUGGACACUUCAGGGUGGUCCUAGAGCCUUUUCCAAUUACCAGUAUAAUCCAAUAGUCUUGUAGCUCAAAUUAGAAAUGGCAGGAAAACAAAGAAAUAAAGAACUCCUCCAGGCUUGGAUGAGAAAAAGCAACCGGUUUUAUACGGUUAUAUAAAAACUAUAACCGAAACUGGCACUCAAAUACACAGAUUCAUGAAUCGAUGCAGUCAAGUACCCCCCCUUCACAAAUCCCCCAGUGUAUAUACCUUCUAGCCCAGUUGCCUAACCUUGCUGGGCUCUACUUUUCUAUGGAUUGUUUUGACUUUCACUAAUUUUUCCCCCCGAAAAACAGCCCCACCUUUCUGUGGCCUUCAUAUGGGUCAAAAGUUUUAAUAUUGACACAUAUUGGUUGUUGAUCUGUCUAAACUUCUAUUAAAACCUUAUUUAGCCCAAAACCACAUUUGUUUCAUUAUAUCCAUUACACCUUUAAUUCAACAUUCACCCACAUGUUCCAUGUAUUUGAUUGUUGUUCCUGUGUAGUUCAUGGCGACUGGCUGGCAUUUACUUAGAAUUCUGAGGACUUUACCACCAAUUUUAUUAUCACUUUUUUGCCACUAUUUAAGGAGCGAACGUUAUCCUUAUUUUACAUCAGGUUAUCUGAGUAAUACUGCUAAUAUGGUAAAGUAAAAGGGGUAAAAUAGCUCUGAGUGCAGUUUAGUUUGGUUUAUUUAUUUAUUUAGGCUAGGAGUAGUCAGUUUACUUUCAUUUUAAUUUAAUUUAAAUUCCUAAAUCCUCUCUAUUAAAGUCUGUGCUUUUCCAUUA